AAACUGCAUAGUCAACCAACAACAACGUGGAUGAAGCAUUACAGCCCCAUCCAUUGCGGUGCAGUCAUACGUCGAUGAGGCAAAGCGUCAGGCUAGCAUGACCCUGGACGAAGUUUGCCUCGUCGAUGCUGUCUUAUCGCAUUCAAAGAAUGUCUUGUUCGCGACUCCGACAAUCCACGUCCCUUGCCACAACGACUAUCACUCGCAAAAUGUGAUGCUUGACGAAAAGGGGCAGCUUUGGGCAAUUGACUUCGAGAACUGCGACCUCGGCGAUCCCAUGUGGGGACCUUGCGUACUUGACUCUAAACCUAGGGUUAAAGCCGCUGGACCUUGCAGAUCAGUAUGGAUGCACGGUGGAGGAAGAGCCGACUGCCUAUGCAGUAUCUCGUCGCUAUUGCACACUGUGCCACUUGGUCUGCCAUUCAUGGACCGCAAUGGGCAACUCAUUACAGAGACAUGAUGGACCGUCUCCAGACGGCCUGGAUGGAUACCUUGAGCUCGGACAAGGUGUAAGGUUGAAAGGGGAAGUCGAGCUGGAUUAUGUUGCUUUAAUUCAUGCUCCAAUUCUCGCAAUCCUUUGUGGGA